UCAGCCUCCGCCCAUUCUGUUCCCUAGGAGAGUGCUGAGGGUGGAGGGAAGCCGCACAGAAGCAUCUCUCCAGACCCCAAGCUCCAGGGCCGCCCCCCUUCCAGGGCCUGAGGCUCAGCCAGCACCCAAUGGAGGACAAGAAGAAGAAAAGGAGUCCCAAGCCCUGCCUGACCCAGCCAGCCCAGGCCCCGGGCACACUACGCAGGGUCCCUGUGCCCACCAGCCACAGUGGCUCUUUGGCCCUGGGACUCCCUCAUCUGCCAUCCCCCAAGCAGCGGGCCAAGUUCAAGAGGGUAGGCAAGGAGAAAUGCCGCCCAGUGCUGGCCGGAGGUGGGGGCGGCUCUGCAGGCACCCCCCUGCAGCACUCUUUCCUGACGGAGGUGACCGACGUCUAUGAGAUGGAGGGGGGACUGCUGAACCUGCUCAAUGAUUUCCACUCUGGCCGGCUGCAGGCCUUCGGGAAGGAAUGCUCCUUCGAGCAGUUGGAGCAUGUGCGGGAGAUGCAGGAGAAGCUGGCCCGGCUGCACUUCAGCCUGGACGUGUGUGGGGAGCAGGAGGAGGAGGAGGACGAUGAAGACGAUGGGGUCACUGAGGGGCUGCCUGAAGAGCAGAAGAAGACGAUGGCUGACCGCAACCUGGACCAGCUGCUUAGCAAUCUGGAAGAUCUUAGUAAUUCUAUACAGAAGUUGCAUCUGGCGGAGAACGCCGAGCCUGAGGAGCAGUCAGCUGUGUAGAUGUCUGAUCCAGGCCCAGAUUGCCCCCUUUUAUUCCCUUCAAACUGUGACUUUUUACAGACUCGACUGGGUAUUCCGCGGCCCCCCAGGUGCUAUGGGGAGGGGGGCACUGGAUGGAAUUAAACCAGAAAGAAAGAAAGCG